AUGCCGUGGCAUUUCCAGGAGUCUAAGAUCACAAGGCUGAGACGGCGUCUCAAGAAGGUGAUUCUGUCGAGGUGGUGUGUGGGACGCGCUUCGCGGGCCUCCCGCCGGCUUGGGAGAAGCUUUCGCUCUGCGAGUUGGGAAGCAACUGGGUCCCCAGCGAGGCAGGCGCGGGCGGAGGAGCUGCCUUCCUGGGGGAGGUGGCGCUGCGCGGGGGUCCUGCGGGACCACACCAGCUACCAGGACCUGCCCCACGCCGAGGGCGGCCGCGUGGCCAUGGACGGCCUGGGCCUGCCCUUCCCCGAGCAGAGCUUCCCCGCCGGCCCGCCGCUGCUGCCCCCGCACAUGGGCGGCCACUACCGCGACUGCCAGGGCCUGGGCGCGCCCCCGCUCGACGGCUACCCGCUGCCCACGCCCGACACGUCCCCGCUGGACGGCGUGGAGCCAGACCCGGCCUUCUUCGCCGCCCCGCUGCCCGGGGACUGCCCGGCGGCCGCCACCUACGGCUACGCGCAAGUCUCGGACUACGCGGGGCCCUCGGAGCCGCCCGCCGGCCCCAUGCACGCCCGGCUCGGCCCCGAGUCCGCGGGCCCCGCGAUGCCGGGCCUGCUGGCGCCCCCCAGCGCCCUGCACAUGUACUACGGCGCGAUGGGCUCGGCCGGGGCGGGCGGCGGGCGCGGCUUCCACGUGCAGCCGCCGCCGCAGCAGCACCCGCCGGGCCCGGGGCAGCCGUCGCCUCCUCCCGAGGCGCUGCCCUGCCGGGACGCCGCGGACCCCGGCCAGCCCGCCGAGCUCCUCCCGGGCGGCUCAGUGCCGUUGCCGACUUUAACCCCUCUGCUCUGGCCUCGGAGAUCCGUUGCCAGUUUACCGUGGGUUACUACCACCGUCAGAAUAUUGGAAAUGUUCCUGUCUUUCUCAGAAUGA